AUGGCGACGGAAACCGCAUUGGCUUUCCGGCAGAAGGCCCUGUUCGAGAUGAUUAUCGAGACGAUUGGGGAGGAUGCGAGCGAAGAUCUUCCCGGCGAUGUUCAGCAAGGAGAUGCCGCGGUGAUUGUCGCUUGUAGAGAUGCACGAUGGUUGCGUCUUUGAAAUCUUGCCAGAUCUCCUGAAAGAGCGCAGUCAGGUGAUCCAUCAGUUGGAGAUUUCCGUGCUUGUAGACCUCAGCAGGGAUCACGUCCGAUCCGGGUGCUUUCCCGCUGGAGAGCUGUUGCGCGGCCUUGAUGGUCUACUGGAGAGAUGGCGGGAGGUCGAGAACCACGUUGGUCUCCACUUGCGGCAAACGCUCGAUGGCGGCGUCGGAGAUGACGGAGGGGCGGUUGAGGACGCCUCGGAAAUGCUCGGCCCAUCGCUGCAGCAUUUGCGUCUUCACAGUCAGGAGAGUGCUUCCGUCGGCGCUGAGGAGAGGAGCAGUGCCCUUCGUCGGCGCACCGUAGACAGCUUUGAUUGCGGAGAAGAAGUUCUUCCAUUCGUUGCGGUCCACGUAACUUUGGAUUUCUUAGCUUUGCGAGCAGUCCAGGCGUCCUGCAUCUCGCGCAGUCGUUGCUGA